AUGGAGAGAAACGAAUCAUACCCACAAAGAAGAAGAACCCCAUCUUUCUCCUCCAGUCUCCUCGACGCCAUUUACCGUUCAAUUGACGAAUCAAAAUCCAAUCUUGACGUCGAUCAACAACUGGGUCUCUUCAAGGAAACCACCCACAUACAGAGCAAUUUGAACUCCAACCACAAUCAUGGUGCCGGAGUAGAAAAGAAAAGUGGGAACAAAGAAAGGAUGAAUCUUCGCCGAGCUGUGAUGAUAGAAGAUUGGAUGGAGAAGCAAAGCUCACAAAGCUCUCAGUUCUUGAACUCAGCUUCAUGCUCCUCAGAGUCUAGUUCUGGAGCAGUGUUUUCAUCUUCAGAAACAGACACAAGCCAUAAACCAAGACCAAGACCCAAAUCCGAGAGGAAUAUUAAGAAGAAAUAUUCAGAGAAGCAACAACAGCAUCAAAAAGUGGGUGGUUUUGCGAGGACAAAGUUGAGGGCAUUGAAGAUAUACGGCGAGUUGAAUCAGAAAGUGAAGCAACCCAUUUCACCAGGAAAUCGCAUAGCUAGCUUUCUUAGUUCUAUCUUCAACUCUGGGAACAUGAAGAAAGCCAAAAUGUGCUACGUUGGUGCAGUGGAAGAUGUAACCUUUGAGCACAAAUCCAAGUCCCCAUGUUUUUCUUCUUCAGCAUCUUCGUUUUCAAGGAGGUCUUGCAUGAGUAAAACGCCAUCUUCAGCAAAAGGGAAGAAGCCCAACAAUAAUGGAGUCAAAAGGUGUGUGAGGUUCUACCCAGAUAGCGUAAUCCUUGGUGAGGAUUCUCAACCAUCUUGCCACAGGUACUCUAAUUAUGAGAACGACCCAAGUUUGUUGCCAUUAUCUAGUGUUCGAAAGAUGACAAGAAGUUCUUCAAUAAAGGAGAUGAAGAAGAACUGUGUUAUGGCUAAAGAAAAUGGUUUUAUGAAGGGUUACCAAAAUGGUUUUAGAGGUUUUUAUGAUAAUGGUGAUGAAAAUGAUGAGGGUGAUGAUGGUGAUGCUCUGAGCUAUUCAAGUUCGGACCUGUUUGAAUUGGAUCACCUUGUUGGAGCUGGAAGGUACCAAGAAGAGCUUCCUGUUUAUGAAACAACAAAUUUAGAAACAAAUAAGGCCAUUGCUAUUGGUCUUCGUUUGUAG